UUCCUUUCUUUCUUUGCUGUUCUUCCCAUUUCUGCGCAUUGCAUCUUUUUUUUUCUUUGUACCACCAUAAGAAAAGAAAAUUUUACCAGAGCUUGAGUUAUCGAUUGUUGAUGAUCGGAUUUUAGGAGCGGUCAUUGUAAUAUUUUUGAUCUCCGGACUAUCGCUGCGCACACGGAUCCUCGCCCAGACCAUCCUCCGUAUCCGACUCCAUUUUCUUGUCCAGUUCAUCAACCUCGUCUUUAUUCCUUUCUUCGUUUUCGGACUCGUCUUAAUAUUCUUCAAGUUUCAUCUCCCUCUCAACUCUCAACUCCUGGUUGGCAUCGUCAUCGCCGCAUCCACUCCGACAACAGUUUCAUCGAAUGUCGUCAUGACCAAAAAUGCAAAAGGCAACGAAGCCUCAGCGCUGAUGAAUGCCGCUUUCGGAAAUAUUCUAGGCAUUUUCGUCUCCCCUGCUCUGGUUUCCACGUUCCAGGGACCCUUAUUGAACGCCACACCUGAACAUGAACAAGUCGAUAAAACGGGCGAUGUGGUAGAUUUUGUGUCUGUUUUGAAGCAGCUUGGUGUAACCGUGCUAGCGCCGUUGAUCGUUGGCCAGAUCGUCCAGUGGAUGUUCACCGAACCGGUCGCGAAAUUCAAAGUCAAAUACCGAUUAUCGGACGUGAGCAGUGUGGCACUCCUGCUGAUGGUGUGGUCGGUGUUUUCCGAUGCCAUUCACGCAGGUUCAUUUUCCGCCGUCACCGUCCAGGAUAUCGUUGCAGUGGCCAUCAUUAACGCAGGAUUGUAUAUCCUGUUUUCGCUGGUGUGUUUCGUGGCCGCAUUUCUUCCUUGGCGUUCCACAUCAUCAUCAUGGGUGCAACGAUGGCGAUACUCACGUGAAGAUACAGUGGCUGUCAUGUUCUGCGGGGCCACCAAAACGGUCGCCAUGGGCGUGCCGCUCAUCAAUGUUCUGUAUCAGAACGGCGAUCCCGGAACUAUUGGUGUUUUAUCCACACCCUUACUCCUCUAUCACGUUGAGCAACUUAUCUUGGGAAAUAUUGAAGUCGAAAUUCUCAAAAAAUGGGUCAUGCGUGGCCAAUCCAUUAAGGAAUCAUCUGUGGCACAUGACGAAGAAAACCCGUCUUCUUCCUUUAAACAUACCGACAUUCAGCCCCCGUUCAGAGUCUACAUCCCAGCCUCAGCAUCUCCUUACAUGUUUCCAAAAUCCGCCCUCGGCAUCGUCGAGUGCAGCUCGUUCUAUCGCAGCUUGCGCCGUGAAUAUGAAUAUCUAUUCCUGUAGUUUUCCAGUAGCAUACCGUUCUCCAUUUGUAAAAUACCCGCACCCAAUGUUCACUUACAUCCCAUUCUCCCUUACGCCCGCAUUGUAUCAUGUCUUUCUCAUAAAUAGUCGACCCUUCAUCAUGCAUUCUAACCAAAAAAUAUCCCGCUAUCACUCCAAAACCGAGAUAAUUCAUCCUUUUGCAUCCAAUUUUAAUCUUAUCUGAUUGUUUUUUGUAUUUGUUUCGAAUGGCUUGAAUGGGCUUUCACUUUUGAUUGGUCGUUUAAUUUCGGCUG